AGCGACAACGCGUCGUACGAGUCGUUCGUAUGUCACGGUCUGGUCUACGGCCUGAUCGGUGUCUUCCAGUCGGACAAACUGGUGCUCAUCAAAGAGAGCCAAUCCAUCGGCGAUUUGCCCCACAAUCACAAUGUAUUCAAAAUACGAAAGAUCGCUAUCAUUAGCCUCUCGGCCGCCGAACCCAUCGCCGCCGACAUCGCGCUCGACCCCUGCAGUUCACACAACUGUACUAAACCCGUGUCGGAUCCGUUGGCCACCGAAGGCCAGCCAACGCCCGCCACCACCACUGAAUUGGCAGCUCAAUCGCAGACACAACCGACGGCUGCGGCGCCGCCGCACCAGCCGUCCAGUGGUGUGCAGAAGACCUGGAAUCAGAUCAAAUGGACGGCCUCUCACGUGAAGCCGCGAGUUGUGGCCAGAAUUAACCCAAACAACCAAAACGAGUCCAAAGACAAGACUGAAAAGAGAUUGAUUGAUGUGAGGACACGAUCGCCACCUGAAUUGUACAAAAUGUUUACCGAAACCGAGUCUUUCUAUUAUUCACUUUCGGGUGAUUUAACGAAUUCACAGCAAAGACAACAGAAGCUGAGCGACGAGAAGUCCUGUCAACAG